AUGGCGGACGAUAUCGAGACUAGCUUCCAAGCCGCAAUUGACGCCGGCAAAAUCAACGGCGCCGUGAUCUGUGCCAUCGACGCCGAAGGCCGUUUUGUUUACGACAAGGCCCUGGGCGAACGUACUUUGCUUUCAGGCGAAAAGUAUCCUCAGCAAACUGACGAUGUGCUGUUCCUAGCCUCGGCGACCAAGUUGGUCGCCUCCAUCGCCGCCCUGCAAUGUGUAGAGGACGGCCUCCUAACCCUAACCGGGGACUUGUCAGCCAUUGCACCAGAGCUGUCUGACAAGGGUGUCAUCACCGGCUUCAACGACGAUGGAGAGCCUCAGAUUGAACCUGUAGCUGGACCCAUCACGCUCGAAAUGCUACUCACCCAUAGCUCUGGCCUGUGUUAUCAUUUCAUGGACCCGCUUAUCGCUCGGUGGCGCGAGAAGUUCGCGGGUACAAGACAUGAAGACAACCGCCGACUCGUCGAGGAGCUGUUUGCAUACCCACUUGGCUUCCAGCCUGGGACCGGAUGGAUGUACGGCUCUGGGCUUGACUGGGCUGGUCGAAUUGUAGAGCGAGUGACGGGUGUCUCACUGUGUGAGCGUAUGCAGCAGCGCAUCUUCGACCCGCUUGGCAUCUCUGACGCCGAGUUCUACCCUGUCACUCGUGAGGACCUGCAUCCUCGUCUUGUCGACCUCAAUCCGCAAGACCCGGAAGCUCAAGGCCGCGCUGUUCUCGGGGGUGGAGGUGAGAUGAACAAGGUCACGCGCGGGGACUUUGGCGGUCACGGUUUGUUCAUGUCCGGGGCUAGCUAUGUCAAGAUUCUUCACUCGCUGCUCGCAAACAAUAGUAAGCUGCUCAAGCCUGCUACCGUUGACGAUAUGUUCCAACACCACCUUAGCCCCGCAGCGACAGCUAGCCAACAGGCCGAGCUCGCGGGCCCUAAGGGCGUCUUCUUCCGCGUUGGUAUCGACCCAACGACGAAAAUGGGCCAUGGUUUGGGGGGUCUGCUCACACUCGAGGAUGUGGAGGGCUGGUAUGGUGAACGAACAUUGACAUGGGGCGGCGGAUUGACUCUCGCCUGGUUCAUUGAUCGCACGAAUGGGCUGUGUGGUGUUGGUGCUGUCCAAGCCGCACUGCCGUUGGAUAUGCAGGAGAUAGAAGUGCUGAAGCAGACUUUCCGCAAAGAUGUAUACCGCAAAAGGAGCGCGUGGAGAGCACAGCAGGGUUGA